GGAUAACAAAAGUUAUGGUUGGAAAUAGAAUUUCCCUCCUCCUCCUCCUCCGGUUAAAUAAGUCUCCCCUCGUUCGCACUGCCACUGCACCGACUGUUUUCGAGUAAUCGCUCCCGGGGAUCACUUCUCCGUCUCCGAUCACUUCACCAGAGUGGAAACCCCAAAUUUCGCAGCGGCAGGCGGGCAAGUGAUUGAGAGAAGGAGAGAGCGAAGAUGGGAUGGAUUGGAGGUGCAGUGGAUUCCAUCAAAUCUCUACAGAUCAGACAAGUUCUCUCUCAAGUUGUCAGUCUCGGUAUGAUUAUCACGUCAGCAUUGAUAAUAUGGAAAGGGUUAAUGUGUAUAACUGGUAGUGAAUCACCUGUUGUUGUUGUGCUUUCUGGUAGCAUGGAACCUGGCUUCAAAAGGGGUGACAUUUUGUUUUUGCGUAUGAGCAAGGAUCCUAUUCGUGCAGGAGAAAUUGUUGUGUUUAAUGUCGAUGGGCGUGAAAUCCCAAUUGUCCAUCGUGUAAUUAAGGUUCAUGAGCGUCAAGACACUGGAGAAGUUGAUGUUCUUACAAAAGGGGAUAAUAAUUUUGGUGAUGAUAGACUGCUCUAUGCACAAGGCCAACUUUGGUUGCGAAGACACCAUAUCAUGGGGAGAGCUGUUGGGUUCUUACCGUAUGUUGGCUGGGUGACCAUUAUCAUGACCGAGAAACCUAUCAUCAAGUAUUUACUUAUAGGUGCACUUGGACUGCUGGUCAUAACUUCAAAGGAGUAGGGAAUCAAGCAAUAUUGUGACUUAUGACUUAAACAGGACAAGAAAAACACUUACAUCCAGGAAAUCGAGUCAUCCUGUGAACUCUUUCCUAGAACUGAGCGAAAAUAUUUAUUAAUGGACAAAACUGUUCAUCAACUUCA